AUGGUUCAAGAAAACUAUGAUAUCGUCAUUGUGGGCGCCGGCCCUGUUGGUCUGCUCUUGUCCUUGUGCAUGUCACGAUGGGGUUACAAGGUGAAGCACAUCGACAACCGACCGGUGCCAACCGCUACUGGUCGCGCCGACGGUAUCCAGCCCCGGUCCACUGAAAUUCUGCGUAACCUUGGCCUGAAGCGCUCGAUUAUGGCCUACGAACCCGCCAAGGUGUACGAUGUCGCCUUCUGGGACCCCAAGGCUGAUGGCUCUGGCAUCGGCCGGACUGGCAGCUGGCCUAGCUGCCCCCGAUUCAUUGAUACUCGCUACCCAUUCACCACCCUUGUGCACCAAGGCAAGAUCGAGCGCGUGUUCUUGGAUGAAAUCGAAAAGGCUGGAACAACCGUCGAGCGCCCGUGGACUAUCGUUGGUUUCAAGAAUGACGGCGCUAACGCCGAAUACCCCGUCGAGGUCAACCUGAAGUGCCUGGACACCAACGUGAUCGAAAACGUGCGCUCCAAGUAUUUGUUCAGUGGCGAGGGUGCUCGCAGCUUUGUCCGUGAGCAACUUGAUAUUAAGAUCCACCACAAGGAUCCCAUUGCCUACGUCUGGGGUGUCAUGGAUGGUGUCGUGCGCACUAACUUCCCCGAUAUCGAGACGAAAUGCACUAUCCAUUCCGAUGCUGGCUCAAUCAUGGUCAUCCCUCGCGAGGACAACAUGGUCCGCCUUUACGUUCAGAUUGCCUCAUCCACCGACGCCGAUUGGAACCCCCGCAAGACAGCCACUGCUGAGCAGGUCCAACAGACUGCGAAGAACAUUUUGAAGCCAUACUGGAUCGAGUGGGAUCGAGUUGAGUGGUACUCUGUCUACCCCAUUGGACAGGGUAUCGCCGAGAAGUACACCCUUGAUGAACGGGUGUUCAUGGGUGGUGAUGCUUGCCAUACUCACAGCCCUAAGGCUGGCCAGGGUAUGAACACUGCUUUCCACGACGCACUCAACAUGGCCUGGAAGCUCCAUGCCGUGGAGAGCGGGUUUGCCAAUCGUUCCAUCCUCAGCACAUACGAGAGUGAGCGCAAGGAUAUUGCCGAGACCCUGCUCAACUUCGAUGCCAAGUACGCAGCCCUGUUCUCCAAGCGCCGCCCGUCUGCUGGUGAGGUUGGUUCUGCUAGCCAUGCCACUGUUGGCGGAGCUGGCGAAGAGGACGAGUUCGUCAAGACUUUCAAGUCGUCUUGUGAAUUCACCAGCGGAUAUGGAGUGGCUUACAAGCCCAACAUUUUCACCUGGGAUGCGAGCCAUGCCGCCCAGUCCCCUCUGUUCAAGGUUCCCGGUGUCCACCUGACUCCCGGCCGUGCCUUUACGCCGACCACCGUCACUCGUCUCGCAGAUUCCAACUUCGUCGAGCUUGAACAAGAAGUUCCUGCCAACGGAUCCUUCCGCAUCUUCAUUUUCGCCGGCAACCAGUCCAAGACCAGCAAGGCCAUUGCCGAUCUUGCCGCCAACCUGGAGAAGGAGCGCUCGUUCCUUUCCGUGUAUCGCCGCUCUGACAUCGCCGAUGUGUCCUUCUUCGAGCGCCACAACCCUCACUCCAAGCUCUUCACUCUCUCUGUCAUCUACGCCGGCUCCAAGAACACCAUCGACGUGGACUCCAUCCCCCAGGUUCUGCGCGACUACCACCACCACUUGUACGCCGAUGACAUCCCCGAUGUGCGCGUUCCCCAGGCGCAGUUCGCAGCCCACGAGAAGCUCGGUUUCGAUGCUGCGAAGGGUGGUGUUGUCGUUACCCGCCCUGACAGCCAUGUUGCCUGCACUGUGCAGCUGGUUGAGGGCAGUGGCACCGUUGACGCUCUCAAUGAGUUCUUUAACUCUUUCUCCACUAAGCCUCUGGGCCAAGACUCUCAGCAGAGCCGCCUGUGA